AAACAAUGGGCAGGAAAAAGCCACGUUGACGGAGUCGUCAGUAGCGUGCGUUGUUUUUCAGGCAGGAAAACAGAAGGAUUGGUUUUAUUUGGAAGGAGACGACUCUUCGGGAGAUGCGUUUGACACCACUCAACCCCAGUCAUGUCAUCGCCACCCAAAGAGAAGAUCGAGACCAAAGCUGGACAUCCGCCUGCUGUUAAAGUAGGAGGCAUGAGAAUAGUUCAGAAGCACCAGUCGGAAGUGCCUGAAAAGAAGGAUGAUAAAGACAGUAAAGAAUAUGAGACCGAGAGCCCACCAAAGAUGCCUGUGGUGGUCUCAGGAGUUGUCACUAAGGGUGAUAAAGACUUCACCCCCGCUGCUGCUCAGGUGGCCCAUCAAAAACCUGUUCCUGCAGUGCAGAAGCUGCCUACAGCCCAUCACAUCAACCAGCACAUCCAUCAGCCCCGCAAGUGAGCCUGCACCCCGCCCCAGACCACCGCCGGCACCACACAGGGCCAAGUCCGCACCACCCCAAACACCCUCUCAGGUUGCCCCGGGAAGCAUUCCAUAUCCCCCCACCCCACAAAUCUGUGCCUGCAAAUGUUGUUCAUCACCAGUACCAUAUUAAGCGUUCCUUUUUUGCCCUUUUCUGUCUUGUAGAUCAUUGCAACACUAAAUUUAAAAGGCUCAUUUGCAGAUCACUAAUUCAGAACAUGUUUAAUCUAUGGGUCUAUUUCAUGAGGGAAGCAUGGAGCUGCAUUUUAUUGUAAUUUUGUUUUACAUAGUUCCUGAGAUAUGUAAAUUGUAUAAAUCGUUUUUUUGAAGUUGGUGAAUGUUGUAUAUUAGGCAUUAGGGAAUAGGUCUGGCUGUCUGAAUAAAACGUUAAUAUAAAACAAACGUAUGCUUUUUUGUUGUUCUAA